UAGCCCAAUUAUAAAAAAGAUUUUUGCGCGCUCUCACUCAAAAUGCUGGCGAUAUCACACUAGUAUUGCUGCCUUCUCUUUCGGCGCCAUCUCUCUUAAUGGUACGUAUAAAAAGCAGUGUUUCCGUCAAUAAUGAACAUUUCAAGGAACGCGAUAGAACCACGAACUACUACUACGCUAAGAGCGGACUGGACGGGCUGUUUGUCAACAAAACAAAUUUUACAUUCACAAAAAGCAACAAAAAACAAAACAUAAGAAAAAUGCGCAUAUUACAAGAGCAUCAACUGGAUUUUAUCGAUCCUUCGGAGUUGCUGCGACCUGAACCGACAUUUGCCGAUAAACAGUUGUCAAAGUUUCGCGACUACAGCAUUGACGAGAAUGACCCGCUUAAAGAACGGGUGCGGCAAACCUAUCGUCUGAUGCACCAAAACCAAACAGUGGAUUUUGUCAGAAGUCGUCAUGAGCGCUGGCUUAAAUUCAACACACUGAAAGCCACUGUCCGCCAAGCAUUGGAAAAACUCAACGACCUUAUUGAUGAAUCAGAUCCAGACAUAGACUUACCUAAUAUAGUGCACGCUUUCCAGGCAGCCGAACGGGCAAGAGAAGAGUAUCCGGAAUUGGAUUGGUUGCAUUUAACCGCCCUGAUCCAUGACUUGGGCAAAAUAAUGGCAUUCUACGAUGAACCGCAAUGGUGUGUCGUCGGAGAUACAUAUCCCGUUGGAUGUGCUUGGGGCGAGAGUAUUGUUUAUCGAAAGGAUAGUUUCGAGGGCAAUCCCGAUGGAGAGAAUCCCUUGUAUAAUUCCAAAUAUGGGAUAUACAAACCCAAUUGCGGUGUUGAUAAUCUGAUGAUGUCCUGGGGCCACGACGAAUAUAUGUAUCAAGUACUCAAGCAUAAUAGAACAAAGUUGCCAGACAUUGCUUGCAAAAUCAUACGUUUCCAUUCAUUUUAUCCUUGGCACAAUGGCGGUGACUAUGAACACUUGACUAGACCAGGAGAUGACGAGACUAAAAAAUGGGUGCUGAUUUUCAAUCGCUAUGAUUUAUAUACCAAGAGUGAGAAAAUUCCUGACAUUGACGCAUUAUGGCCGUACUAUCAAACACUAAUAGACAAAUAUUUGCCAGGCGAAUUGGAUUUCUAACCCCGCCCCCGCUUUCUGCUUAUUUAUAUUUAAAAUGUUUAACUGUGAUUAAUUGAACAGAAAUAUACACACAACUUGUACUUUUUCUCAUAAAAAAAAAAAAACAAAAUCAAAACGCCUA